GGCCGACGUUGAUCGCGUUACUGCGGUUAAAGUGUUUUGUGACAAAUAAACAGUAAUAUUUUAAUUAAUGUUUCAUGAGACUUUGUGUUUUGUGAAUGGAUAUUAAGUUCUUUUUAAAAUGACACCAAAAAUUUUUUGUCAUCGGAUGCAUGAAAAUUAGACAAAUUUUUAAUUAACCUCAAAAAAUAUAACAAAAAUGGAGCUUCCUCAACCCCCACAAGAUCAAGAUCUUCGCAACAUAAUAGACAAACUGGCUCAGUUUGUGGCGAGAAAUGGGCCAGAGUUCGAGAAAAUGACGAAAAACAAACAAAAAAACAACCCUAAGUUCAGUUUCCUGUACGGCGGAGAGUACUUCAACUACUACCAGUAUAAAGUGACGACAGAGCAAGCAAUUCUAAAGCAAUCGGCCGGUGGGCAGUCUGCUCCCGCGCCCGCCGGGGCUUAUAUGGCACAGAACAGGCAAUAUGUAAUGCCCCAACAGGGCGGUGCUACGGCCGCGCAGCUAGGGCUCGCGGCGACGAUGGCGGUUGCGCCGGCACUCCAGCAAUGGUUGGCAGCCAACUCUGUCCCGCCUCCGGCUCCCGGUCACCACUCUCACGACAUCGACAACCUCAAUGUACAGAUCAACAUGCUCAAGGAACAGAUAACUCAAUCGGAAAACAAUCUCAGUGCUCAGCAUACGGUGUUGAUACAGCAACAGCAAGCUAAGAUCAAUGAAUUGGUGGGCAAGGCGCAAAUGGAAACCAUUCAAAUUAUGGCUGAAGAAAACAACAUCAGUCUCAGUGAAUUGGACACAAUUUUACAACCUAUAAUAGAUACAUGUACUAAGGAUAGCAUUUCUUCAGGUAAAGGCUGGAUUUUACAACAUGCAACGUCAAAUGAUGCUGGCAAAGUGAUAUCCCAGCACCUCCUGAGAAAAGUGACUCAGCCGGGGGCAGCAUUCACACAGAAACUGCACAUCAUCUACCUUGUUAAUGAUGUGCUCCAUCACUGUGCACGCAAAAACGCGGAAGAUCUCAAGAAAAAUUUGGAAAAUGUGGUGGUUCCCAUGUUUUGCAAUGCCAGUAUAGCGGUCACCGAGGAACAGGAGGCGAAACUUAACAAGCUGCUCCGUUUGUGGGAGUCCAAGUCGAACUAUUUCGAGUCGGCGGUCAUUGAGAAAAUGAAGAGCCCCACCUCCUCCUACCAGGAGUAUCAGGCCAACCUGAUCGCGCAGCACUCUAACGCAAUCUCACAUCUCGCGCAACAAACCAAAUCAACCUUUGAGAACUAUCAAUCACAGCAUCAAGCGUUUGUCGCUCAUACAUUGCAACAGAUUCAGCAAUUAGAGAUGCAAAAGCAUGCAUUGGAAUUGCAAAAUCAGGACCAUAAAGAUAAUACUCAUCAACAAACUGUGCAAGGAACACAAUUUGAAAAUAAUAGUUUUAAUGAACCAAACUUUCCUCCAAUGGGUGGCUUUCUUGAACAAAGUUAUAACUCGAGCCAUCAGUAUGGCAGCGAGAGUGGAGAUAACUACCCAUCAAACAACAGUAUAAGUGGGAAUGAAAACAGCUAUGACAGUCAAGUGUUUGAUCAGAUAAAUGCACAUAAAUCUGUUGAAAUAGAAAAACCGGAUUUAUCAAAUCUUCCAAAAGUGAAUUUCUCCCAACCGCCACCCGGGUUCACACCGGCUGACAAACUACCCAUGUUAGCAUUCCAGAACGGUCUUCCAGAUCUUAGUAAACCUCCCCCUGGGUUUAUGCCAUUCCCGGAAAUAAAUAACGAAGACUUGAUGCCUUCCGUACCAUACUUUGAGUUGCCUGCCGGUCUGAUGGUGCCUUUAAUAAUGCUGGAAGAGGAUCGGUAUCGUCCCCUGGACCCGGCAAAGAUCCGGCUGCCUCCACCAGCUCCGCCCAACGACCGGCUACUGGCGGCUGUGGACGCUUUCUACGCUUCGCCCAAUCACGAACGUCCCAGGGAUAAUGAGGGAUGGGAGAAGCUCGGUCUGUACGAAUACUACAAAGCCAAGAACGCGGCUCGGAAGCGCAAGGAAGAGGACAUCGCGCAGGGCAGGAGACAGCGUUCCAAGUCACCUAGUCCUAUACCCAAAGACCUGCAAAAACAACCCACACCACCUGGCAGAAGAUACAGAUCAAAAAGCAAAACACCAGAGAAAUCUCCAGUGCAGCCAAAGUCAAGAUCACCUUCUCCCAGACGGAAACAGACAUCGUGGAGGAGAGAACGAGACAGAGAUAAUCGUCGGCGGUCGCGGUCAAGAUCACGAUCCCGGUCUCGCAGCAAGUCCCGGGAGCGAGACCGGGACCGGGACCGAGAUCGGGCACGAGAAUCGCCGACAUCGCGGUCACGACGCGUCGAACGUUCCAGAUCACCUACACCACCUAGUUUUCUUUGUGGUACGUUGCCAACGACGUCCUCUAGCGGGCUAGACGCGAGUAACAAGGGUCACCAACUGCUACAGAAGAUGGGCUGGAGUGCAGGCGGGCUGGGUGCAGCGGGGCAGGGCAUCGCAGAGCCCAUCAGUGGUGGUGCAGUGCGCGACAAGCAGGAUCAGUACAAGGGUGUUGGAGUAAACCUAAAUGAUCCAUAUGAAAAUUUCAGAAAGAACAAAGGUGCGGCAUUUAUUACGAGAAUGAAGGAGAGGGCUCUCGAACGGUCAUCGUGAUCGAACAUAGACUUUGUACAUGAAUGUAAAUGUGCUAAAUGAAGUGUCUGUGCGUUUGGUGAUAUGAUGUA